GAUCCUACCACUUCACAUCCCAUAUUCAGUCUACAAUAAAUACAUUAUGGGCUGUAACAGCAUGAAGGUUUCAGCCGUGGCCAUUGACAAACAGCAGGAUGAUGACAUCUAUGAGACUGAGACUGACAUUGCCCUGGAAAACCCUCCCAUCUCUGUGAAGGUUUUGGGUGAAGCCCGUCUGUACCGUGAAAUGACUAUAGAGGUGCAGUUUAAAAACACACUCAAUGAGCCACUGAGAAACUGCACUCUGACCGUCUGCGGAUGUGGCCUCUUCAGCUCGGACGUGGAGAGGAGUAUUGCUCAGUUGGAUCCAAAUCGCACGCUGAAGCUGAAGAUCAUGACGACCCCCUACAAGGCCGGACUGAAGGCUGUGGUGGCCGACUUCGACUGCAGCGCAUUCAGGGACAUAAAGGCGAGCUGCGUUGUCAACGUCACACGCUGAAGCGUUCUCCAAACUUCCUGUAUGCUUUGAUGUUUGGCCUCUGAUUAAGGCUAAAAAUCAGCAGGAUAUUCAUUAUAUAUUCCAUAUUAUUCAUGCUGUGGUGUUUUUCACAUUCACACAAAUGUGUUGAAUGUUUUAUUUUGUUGUUUGGGCCUCUCAGAUAUUAGAAAUAGCUCUUCUCUGUUGGCAAAUUGAAUAUCAUUUGGAUGGUUGGUCAGAUGUAACUUUGUGAGAAUAUUGUGAUUUAUGUUUAUUACAGACAAACUAGGACAGGGACUUUAACAUUUAUCCAAUCCAUAUUAAUCAAAGUUAAGUUUGACAUUUUAUUUUCAUGUGUUUAAUUCAAACUUCAUUUUGAAUGUAGUGAUUUGGGUGACUUUUGAUUAGCACAGCACUAGUUUCUAUAGAAGGCUUUCUUUACGUUAAUUCUGGUAUAAACGUACAAGACCAAAAUGAGACGAUGGGAAGUUUAUAAGAAAUGCCUGAUUUGAGAUCAGUUGUGUAUAUUUACCUUUUACAAACA